AUGAGCUGUCUACAUAUAGGGAAUGGCCUCGCGAGGAUGAACGGACGAACUGCAAUAUAAUAUACACUGAAAACUACAGGCAUGUGUUGGACUUGAUUCCGUGUAAAUAAUCAGUGGAUCAAUUAAGUUUUACAUUGGAAGACUAUAAUGCAUCGCGUGCUACUGUAUUCAUAUUCACUUUUCUAUACAGAGCAAGGAUUAGGUUAGAGUUCCUUGUUUUUCGUUUCGUAGCAUCAAGACAAUGUAACAGAGCAUAAAUCGUGCAGCUUUUACCAACGAUAAUUUAAGGGGCUGGUUUGAUUACACGUCAAAUUGAAGCAUUCCUCGAACUCAAAGGUGUACGAAAAGAUCAUGAUUUUCUACAUCACCUGGUACGGUUUCAGGUAACAUAGCCCCCGGCAUACAAGAUCAACCUUGCACCCAUGCCCAGACUACCACAGGUUGAUUAGCAUCUGAAACAAAAUAUAUUUUCUGCCUCAACUCUGCUAUGAAAAGAACAUGAUCCUAUGAAUCUCACGAGAUUCAAACAAGUCAAUCAAAUUCACAUUCCAUCAUGUUUCGUUUAAAAAAGCUGAGGAAGCUUAACUCAAAUGAACUGUAAAUCAAAGUAUGAUAUACCCCAAGAAAUUAACAUUUCAUUGCUUCUCCGAACGAUGAUUUAGAAGUCUUAAAAUGAUUAAUAAUGCUAAAGAACCAGUUACUGUUUGCACGGGCAAAGAGGACCGGAAAGGGCGAGACCCAUGAUGAAAGUCACGCAACUUGUGUCUCUUUCGCAUCUGACUAGCAGUGAAACAAAUUUGUCAACUCCGAUAAGCUAAAAGCACAAACAGCAGGUAGAGAGGUAAAAUGAAAAGUGAAAUUUUAACGUUUAUCUCUCACAGCAUUUUAAAAGUAAACCAAACAGACAAGAAUAACGAGACAAUAAGAGACAUCUGAUCUAUUUGAUCUUUGCAUAAACUUGUCAGUUAAUGACUAAGGAACCAUAAAUAGAAGUAAAAAUAAAACUCCAAAUUAUAGAGAAAAAUAUAUUUUCGAAAUUUCUUUAGGACGUGAUAUGAAGUUAAUCACACUUAUGUCGUAUUACUCGUCAUUUUACAGCUUUCCUGUUUUCUUGGAAAACGUUUUCCGUCUCAAAGACUAUCAGACAAUGAGUUGCUGACGUCGUAAAGGGGUUUUCCCUCCGAUAGGCUUGAUUAAGCACUUUCAUUUUCUUUCCCCGCCUACUAAAUUUAAAGAUUUUGCGACGCACAAUUCCACAAUCACAAACAAACUGCCUGACAAACUUCAAGCACUGACACGCUCGGACGCCGUGUGGAAAUUUCAUUUGGAAUUAUUCUGCAGAUGUUCAAUCACACUCUUUUAAGAGUCUUCAAGAUGUUCUGUCAUAUUUUGAUCGUGGUUACAAUUUUUGCGGCGAAAGAAGCAAUGGCGACUGAUAGAUGCCAGAUGGUAAUCUCAGGCACUUGUAUUCAACAUUGCCACAACCAAUCAUGUGACUGUGGCGUAACAGACAGUAACCAUGGCUACAAUGAAUGUUACCAAGCCUCCGCAGGUUCUAAAUGCAGAGCAAUCACGUGCUCAUCUGAGACAUGCUAUCAGAAGUGUCACAAUUGUCACAUGAAGUGUACCAGUGAUGUUAGUUUCUGUAGACAGCGGUGUUUGUCAGGAGCAUGCUCAUUUACGUGUGACGCUCAACACUGUGAACAAGAAUGUACUGGAGAGAACUGUCAGAAUACCGUCUUUGACAACUGUCAUCUGAUCUUGCCGCUAAAUUACCUAGUGAUAUUGGCGGGAAUUUUGUUCGUGAUAAGUAUGUUGGCGUGUGUGCUCCUUGUCAUGUCUUUUAGAAAAAAGGAUUGCAUCCCUGAUUGCUAUCCACAGCCGCCACCCUACUCAAAGAUUUAGACUGAGAACUUUCAUGAAGGGAUUUCCUUACAUUAACACAGUUUGCCCACAGGUUUUUGUUAACGGAGGAAAAGCACCAGCUCCGCCCAUCCAAGUUGCAUUUGACAAAUUGUGCUGUUCAUAGCAUAAUAUGAACAAAAGAAAAAGAACAUUGUUGACUUAACACCAUGUUUAUAGUAUGAUAUGAACAGAAAAAAGAACGUAACAAAACCGGCUGCUCACCAUGUUUAUAGCAUAAUAUAGACAUACCAAAAGAAAACUGAACAUUUCCCAUCAUACUUGUAAUGAGUUGUUUACAAGUUGUCAAAACUAAACAAAGAGUAGUAAGCACUAUAUUUAUUAUUUUACGACGCACAUUAAAGACAAGUAGAAGUCAUGUCA